CUCGAGGGUGGCCCCAUGCGGCGGCCCUCGGUACUGCCGGCUGUGUGUCGUGUGAUGCUGCUGCUGUCCGUGGUCGGCCUGACGGCCGCUUAUUUCCUCGGCCGUUGGCUGAUGUCAGGUGGGACGGGCGGCAGCGUCCGCCUGCAGGUACCGGCGUCCAUGCGCGGAAAAACAGUAAUCGUGACCGGCGCCAACAGUGGCAUUGGGCGGGCGACGGCUGCAGGCCUAGCUCGGCUCCAGGCCAGGGUUAUCAUGGCGUGUCGCGACCCGGCAGCAGCCGAGGAGGCUGCCCAAGAGAUCCGGCGACAGGAGCGAGGCGACGCCGGGGCCUCCGGGGAGGUGCUGGUGCGCCACCUCGACCUUGCCUCUCUCAGCUCUGUGCGGAGUUUCUGCCGACAGAUUCUCGAGGAAGAACAGCGACUAGAUGUUCUCAUCAAUAACGCUGGAAUUUUCCAGUGUCCUUACAUGAAAACUGAGGAAGGUUUUGAGAUGCAGUUUGGAGUGAAUCACCUGGGUCACUUCCUCCUCACCAAUCUCCUCCUAGACCUCCUCAAACGGUCUGCCCCAAGCAGAGUGGUGGUGGUAUCCUCCAAACUCUACAAGUAUGGUGAGAUCAAUUUUGAUGAUCUGAACAGUGAAAAAAGCUAUGACAAAAGUUUUGGGUACAGCAGGAGUAAGCUGGCCAACAUUCUGUUUACCCGUGAACUUGCCAAGCGUCUGGAUGGUACCGGUGUCACUGCAAAUGUGCUACACCCAGGUAUUGUACGCACAAACCUGGGAAGACAUAUCAGAAUCCCUUUAUUUGGACAACCAGUCUUCAAGUUUGUGUCCUGGGCUUUCUUUAAAACACCGGAACAAGGAGCAGAGACCUCUCUCUACCUGGCUACAUCUCCUGAAGUUGAAAAGGUGUCAGGAAAGUAUUUUGGUGACUGCAAGCAGGAGGAGUUGUUGCCUAAAGCAAUGGAUGAUGCAGUUGCAAAAAAGUUAUGGGAUGAGAGUUCAAAAAUGGUGGGGUUGAUCUCACCACUGUAAAUAUACUAUGCUGUAAAUAUACAUUUUGUGUAGAUCGUUGUUAUACCAAAUAUAAAAAAAUGUCUAUGUCUUUUUAUCAGUUAAUUCAGCCUGGAAUAAAUGUUUAAAGUCAAUCUUUGAAAUUUCUAUUUACAGGGUAUGGUGUCAAAUUUUUGUGUUGUGAGGAGGCUUGUUUGAUACCACUUUGGUAUAAUUAAUGCAACACACAUGCACAAUGCUGGAGGAGUUCAGCAGGUCACACAGCAUCUAUAGAAAUGAUGCUUCAGUCCAAGACCCUUCUUCAUGACUGAAAAGGAGAGGGGGAAGAUACCAGAGUAAAAAGGUGGGGGGGGGGGAUGGUCAAGGAAGCUAGCUAAGAGCUGGAGAAGAAGGAAUCUGAAGAGAGUAGAGUGGACAAUAGAAAGGGAAGGAGGAGGGGACCUAGGGGGAUGUGAUAGGCAGGUGAGAAGAGAGGUGAAAAGUCAGAGAGGAAUAUAGGAAGGGGCUGGUAAAAUCACUGAAAGGGCAGAAUACAAUAAUUCAAUGGGUGUAACUUUGUGCUUUAUUGAUGACUCUUGUUACCUUACACCGGAAAACCAAAUGUUAUUAACACUGGCUGAUGAGCUCAUGACAAUUGAGGGAAAAGCGAUUGCUUAUGAAAUAAUGUAUUAGGCUUUGUUGAUGUUUGUUUCUGCAGUUUAGCAGGUUUGACUGAUCAAGCCUUUUUGUCAGCAUAAUUUACAAAACUUAAAUUGCUUCAAAUUUCACGCACUUACCAAAUAAAUACUAUUCCUGAAAGCUAACAUCAAAGCUUGCUCUGUUAUACUUUAUGUAGAGAUAAUGAGAAGUUAAAAAUAUACCUUCGGUUGAAAAUGUGUCGUGUAGGAAAGUGUUUCUGCUUUUCUUUAAUACAUUUUUUUUGUUUUCUGAAAUACGGGUUGGUAGUCCUCUGGUUAUGUAAGGAUUCUGUUUCUGAGAAGCAAAGUUUCUCACGCCAGAAGGAAACAAUUUCUCUCAAAAUCAUUAUGUGAAAUCUUUAACCUUGACAAUCCAGGUAGAUAGUAACAAAUGAGGAUACAGAGUUGGGGUUCCCACCCCCUGGUUAAAGGUAGGGCUCCAUGGCACAAGGAAGUUUGGGAAUACUUAAUAAAGGGAUACCUGAUGAUAGAGAUUCACAUAGCUGCCUUUGACUAUUCCUUUUCCCAUUGCUUCCUCUCCUCUCAGUUUUUUCUGACUCUCUUGCAUCUCUUCUGACUAAGUCCUUAACUUUGGUGUGUCUUUUACUCACCCAAGGAUUCUAUUUCUUGGCAUAUCCUUUGACUGUAACUGUUCCAUUAUCUGCAUUUAUGUUAUCAUCCCAUUUCCUUCCCUCCAAACCAAAGUAGGAUUCCUCAUGAAGCUUUGCAUCUCACACUCAUUAUCUAUUUAUGCCACCCUGUGCCUACUUCUGCCACCAAAUACUUAUUUUCCUUCCUUUUCAAUAUUCUGGAGAUAAUGUUAACCAGCUCAAGCACCCAGAAUAAAUUUCUCCCUUUCCUCUUUAUCUCCUAUCUCACUACAUAGGCACAAACAUUCCUCCAUGGUAAGGAAACUAUUUAAUUCAUAUUUGCAGUUUAGCUUUCUGGGACAGGUCUUGUACUAUCCUAGUAUCAAUGGCUUUGUUAUGUACUACAUCUUGUUCAUAGGUGACGUAUUCUGCUGGGGUCCUGGUUGCCAACUCUUGGCUUGAUUGAGUGUAACUACCAUCAGCCAAUUAGACACAAAGCAACUUUUACAGUUUGUGCUUGUUAAGCACAAAAUUAUUUGGAACCUGUCUUUUAAAUAAGUCUUCAACAAUGUAAGCUAAAAAGGUAAAAAAAUAUAAAAAUUGGAAUAGAAUUAUAUUUUUUUCUAAGCUUUACUUAACCUUUCUGCUGGUAGUCAAUUUUUUUGUUUACUCCCACUCAUUGGAAUGGUACUGAGAGCUGGACGUCUGAAGUUGGUGCUGUACUGUUGGACUCUAUAAGAUCUAUAUUAUAAAUAGGCAGCAGUGCUGAAGUGCCACUGCUAAUUUAAACCCACACCCAUGAUAGGCACUUGAACCAGUUGAGAAAUUCAGCAUGGAGAUUCAAUGGACCACAAAUGGGGAGCAAACAUUGAAUUGUUGAAGAAGUUUAGUGGAUCAAGCCUGUGGAGGCAAAGAAGUGGUCAUUAUUUUGGGUUGAGACCCUGAAUUAGGAUCAGGAUUUGUAGCAGUUAAGCCCUGAAUUCAGUAUUUCCUUUGAGACAGAAAAUAUGCCCCACUGUAUUCACUGCUCACAAUCCAUUCUUGGCGCUGGAGAAUGCAAUUGCAAAUUGGGUGAUUAUUUUAGCAAAUACCUCCCUUUGUAAGCAUGAUUGAGUUUCUGGUUGUGUAUUCCCAUUCUGGCCUUUCUAUUCUCAGCCAACAAAUCUCAACAAAAAACACCACCUCACCUUUCACCUUGGUAUGUUACAGCACUUCUUAACACUGAGUUCAGUUUCAAUAUAUGCCAUUUGUUUACUUAGACUGCCAUUAGUAUCUUGCCUAAUUAUUAUCCCAUAUGCCUGCAGCAUCAUUCAUUUUGCUAUUGAAUAUCUUCCACCUUUCAUGCUAACUUGAAUCUGCCCCUGUAUUUUUUCAUCUUUUGUUGCCUUUGCACUUGCUGUACUUUUAACUUUUUCUCAUCGUGCUGAAAAGGGAUAACUUCUGUUUUGCUUUUUCACAAAAUAAUUACUUGGUCAUAAGUUAAAAAGUUGAAAUGAACUCAACAUGUGGGAAAUUAAUAUGAAAGUAAAUGCACUCUAAAAACCCGAGGCAUUUAUUUUGAUUUUAUUCUCUGGUUAAAUUUGUAACUGUUGGCAAGAAUAUGAUGAAUAGUAGGCACAACUGGAACUGAAAGCAGUAUUAGAAUCAUGAAAUGGGCAAGAGCCUCUGGAGAGCGAACUUCUAUCACUUAUAUCAGAGAGCGAGCAGAUCAAUUACCGUGACACAGCACUGCAGUUAUGACUAUUAGAACUUUAUAAUCUUUAGCUUCAAGGUACCUGGAAGUAAGGCUUGUAUGGCUACAAUAAACUUUAGCAGAAGAAACAAAGACAUGCUUCCUUUCUUUACCAUGAAUCCUAGUUUGUCUUUGCCAGAAUUAAUCCCUAACUAUAAAGAACAUUAUUUAAAAGUGAUAGAAUGAAGUAUGUGACCUUUGUUGCUGGAAAAUAACAUUUUUGAAUAAAUACGAGUAGUGCUGUAACUAUUUAACAUCUCAGAAAGCAUGUCUGAAGUGCGAAAAUCAUAGUCUUGCAGGUCAAUGACCUAUAAGGGUUCUUGGAAAUGUUUAUCAUCACUAUUGCUUAAUGAAAUUGGAGAGGAACACCAACAUUAAUGCUCAAAGGACCUGAUGUUUUCAUUCAAAACUGAAGCUUUGUUAUAACAUUUUAAAAUAAGUGAGAAACUUAGUAACGGAGUAGGUUGGUGUUUACUGAAUGAAAACCGUGAAGAUAAGGAAAGGGUACCUUUCAAACUAACAGGAGCUGAUUGUAAAAUGUGUUAUUUAUAUGAAUGAAUAACUACAGAAAAUCAAUCUACAGAGGUAAGAAUUCCAUUUUGGGAAUGUGCUAAUAAUACUGACCCUUGAACUUUACUGUAAACCAACUUCCUAAACCCUUGUUUCUUCCACUAAGACAGCUCAGUCUGCUAUUCAACAAUCUCUUUGACCCCCUACCAUCCUGCAGCAGGUACCAUAGCACUAGGACUAGUACUCUUAGGAUGGGAAACAGCUUCUUUCCCCAGACUAUGAGACCACUGAAUUCCCUGCCUCUAUCCAGGCCCAAUCACAAAUGAAGUGCCAGUAGCAUUAUACUGUUUACUUUUUAAUUUGUGACAAAUAUACACCUUGUUACUUAUUAAUUUAUUUGUGGUAAUAUUACUUUAUGUGUUUUUGAAUUACACGUACUGUUUUGUGCAUUUUGGUCUGCAGGUAUGUUGGUUUCUUUGGCAGUAUACAUGUAUACAAUUGAAAUGACAAUAAACUUGAACCUGAACUAUC